AUGGUUGUAAACGAUACAGUUGAGGAUGGCAAUUUGCCGUGGGUGGAAAAAUAUCGGCCAGCGACACUCGGUGAGCUGGUUUCGCAUAAGGAAAUCAUUAAUACAUGUAAGUUGAAUGCAUCAGACGACCGUGGAAUUGGAAUCGUUCGUGAGCAAAUCAUAAAUUUCGCGCAGACAAAAACAUUGCAUUUCGAUGAGAAGGGUAAAAAUCAAAUCAAACUGAUCAUACUCGACGAAGCCGAUGCAAUGACGAAAGAUGCUCAAAGCGCCCUCAGAAUUCUGAGCAGUCGAACGAAUAUUUUCGUGAUAUCAGAACUUACAGAAUCCCAUACAAGUUCAUCAUUUUGUAACUUUCCUUAUUGUCAUUCGACNGAGAAUGUUCGGUUUUGUAUCAUCUGUAAUUACUUAUCGAAAAUCAUCCCUGCUGUUCAGUCGAGAUGCACUCGUUUUCGUUUCGCACCGCUCGCUGAGGAACAGAUACUGCCUCGUAUACGUGAGAUAGUUAAGUUGGAAUCUUUGGAAAUGACUGAAGAUGGUGAGAAUGCUUUACUGAAGUUGUCAGAAGGUGACAUGAGGCGAGUCCUGAACAUUCUUCAGAGUACUGCGAUGGCAUUUCCGAAAGUUGAUGAAAGAAGUGUUUAUUUAUGUGUUGGUCAACCACUACCAUCUCAAAUUGAGCAGAUUCUACGCAUCCUCCUGAAUGAUUCGUUUGAAGACGCAUUCACAAAGAUAGAAGAUAUUCGUCGUUCGAAUGGAUUUGCGGUAGUGGAUAUUCUGAGAUCACUGCAUGAAAUGGUGUUCGAUUUGGACAUAUCAUCAGCAAUAACGUGCGGUUUGAUUGCUCGGAUGGCGCAUAUCGAGUACCGUCUCUCACAAGGUUGCACCGAUCGUAUUCAGCUUUCGGCACUGAUCGCAGCUUUUAUUAAUGCCCGAUCUGCUCUCGCUGAAUCGGCACCCUCUAAAUGA